GAUCAUCGAGGUUUACUUUUUACUUUACGUCUUUAGUUCUUUAGUUUCAAUUAAACAUUUUUAUUUUAUUUUGUUAAGUCAAUCAAAUAUAAUGUUUAAAAGUGGCUUUAUAAAACUCAACAAAACCGAACCGCCAAAAGAAAAAGCAUCAAAAGCAUCCAAUGAUAGGGGUGUUGUGUAUCUUGGGCAUGUGCCCCACGGUUUCUACGAAAAUGAAAUGAAACAGUAUUUCGCACAAUUUGGCGAAGUCACAAACAUUAACAUUCCUAAAAGCAAAAAAACAGGAAAAGCUCGAGGAUAUGCAUUUGUUGAGUUUUUGUACCCGGAAGUUGCCAAGGUAGUUGCAGAAACCAUGAACAACUAUUUGAUGCAUAAGAAAAUUCUUGUUGCUAAAUACCUCGCUCCAAACCAAGUAAAAAGUAACACAUUUUGGCGUUGCAACAAAAAUAAUAUUCCUUUAACAAUAAAAAAUAGAUCGAUACAAAGAAAAGCAAUGGAAAGACCAUUAGCUCCUGAACAAGAAAAACAAAGUAAAGCUGCAUUAAAAAGACGCAUCCAAUCUUUACAAAAGAAACUGAAAAGCAAAGGAAUUGAAUAUGAAGUGCAAAUAGAAGUAUAGAACGCCAGACUGAUGAUUGCUAAAGGAAACCAUUUCGAAAGAAGAUCCGAUACAGAAUCAACAUUAUAAAGAAGACUACAUCUUUAAUUCAAAUCAAACAUAAUGAUACACAACUAUUAUGUGUAUAUUUCUUGUACAUAAAGAUGUGUUGUAUAAUAUAGAAUGAUUCACACUUUUAA